AAGGGACAAUCCCCGCGCUGUCAGCACCUCGCGGCUCUCCCGGGACACCCCCGGCUUCCAGUGGCGGUAAAAUCGCCCGCGGGCAGUAACGGGCACAAUGCUGGACACGCGGAACCCGCCAGUCUCCCCGGCCCGCUGCCCCUCGGCGGCCGGGAAGGAGCUUGGGGCCCCACAGCCGCCCAUGGUAUCCUGUCUGCGCCGCCUGCCGCUUUCCUCUGCCCGGGGCUGGGAUCGAUCGCUCGGCCGAUCGGCUGCUUUCCCUUCGCGGCCUGCCUGUUGCUAGGCAGAGCCCGACGCAGUUGCCUCGGUUUCUUCGGCCCCGCCUCUCGCCCGGGGGUCGGUGAACAGCGGCAGGAAGCUGGAGGGGUCUCGGUGCAGCCCGUUGCCGCUCCGCCAUGGAGCCCGAGAAGAGAAGAACCAAAGAAGAUACUUGGAAAUCAGAUGAACUUAAGAAACAUCUUAGGGUCUCACAGUCAGAUAGUCAAUCUGAAGAUAAGAAACAGAAGGAAAAGAAACUGCAAAGAGAGAGAGAGACUCAUGACAUAGUUGAUUACAAAGGAUACAUACAGAAGGAUCAAGACAAGGACAGAGGAAAGGCAAAAGAAAGGACAGGUGAACGAGAGAGAUUUAAAUCUAGUGAAAGAGACAGAGAUAAGCUAAGAGACAGAGAAAGAGGAAAAGAUCAUCACAGAGAACGAGAGAGAGAGAAAUUGAAGGAGAAGGACCAAGAAAAAGAUGCAGAGAAGGAAAAACACAUUACAAGAAAAGAUAAAGAGAAGGCAAGUGAUAAAGAAAGAGACAGAAAAUAUAGGAGGGAUGAUCUGAAGCAAAUGCUUAUACAAAAUAACCUGAAAGCAUCUGGAGGAAGGGAUAAAGAACAACGCAGAAGAAGAGAAAGCAAGGAUCAAUUUGAGCAAGCAAACGUAAGGGAUGACGUGAAAGAGAGAAGACAUACAGAAAGAAAAGUAAAGGAAGGAAAAAAAAGUGAGAGCAAAAAUAGUCUUGGCGAGUUUUUAACAAAGAAAGAUGAAGAAGGUGGACAUAGACACAAGUCACACAGAGAUCAAGAACUGAAUAAAGACAGAGGAAGGAGUCAUAGUGAUAAAAGAGAACAUUCAGUUAGGGGAGGAAAGGCGAGACCUUCAAAAGAAGGAAGCCAUGAAUUGUUUGUAAAGGAUGGGGAAGAAAAAUAUGCGUCAAGGAGACCUAAAGAAGGAUCCUCCAUUGAAGACAGAGAGAGACAACUGAGCGAGAAUAAUGAAAAAAGACAGAGGGAAGAAAAUGAAGGAAAGAAGAGAGAUCUUAAGAACAGUGAGCACAAAAAACAAGGAAAGAGCUUAAGAGAAGAAGAAGAAACCAGCCUUCAGCAUGAAAGGAAUGCAAGAGAUAAAGGAAAGAGCAUUGAAAGGGAAAAAAAAGAGGACACAAGCCAAAGGCCACACCAAGGUGAACAUGUGUCAGCAUGGAAACCUAUGCAGAGGCAAAAAAGUGAGGAAGAACUUGAAAUCAGUGAUAAUUAUUUGACAAAUUAUGAAGAUGAUUUUGAAGAUUAUGAAGAUGAUUUUGAUGAUGAUGAUGAUGAAGACAAUGAUAGUGAGGCUAGAGUCUCAGAAGAAAGACUAAGAGAGAUCCCUGUUUCCAAAAAAUCAGAAAUAGAAGAAAUUCAAAGAGCAAUUAAUGCAGAAAAUGAGAGGAUUGGUACCUUACUACCAAAGCAAAUUCAAAAAGAAUGUGAAAAGGAACCAAACGUGGAUCGUACAGAGAGGCAAGAUUCUCCUGCCAGAGGCUCUCUCUGUGGAAUGUUCAUGGAUUUUGAAACAGCAAACCAGCGGCAAAGUAGCCAAAUUAUGGCCAGUAAACAGAAGAAACGCAGUACAGAACUGCUCCGACUAAUUGACCUGGACUUCUCAGUAAGUUUUUCUUUACUGGAUUUGCCUCCAGUGAAUGAAUAUGACAUGUACAUCAGGAACUUUGGAAAAACAAACACUAAACAGGCGUAUGUUCAGAGCAAUGAGGAUAAUCUUGAGAGAGACGUUCAGACGGAUGAAAUAGAGACUCUAGAAAAAUGGACACAACAUCCAGGAGACAGUGUACUUGUAUCUGGAGGUCCCAGAAGCAGCAAUGAUGUGUCCACUGAUAUUGUUGUAACACCUAAGAUUGAUUCGCAGAGAUUAACAAACUUCCUCCGGUCUGCUUGUCAGGUGAUUGCUGUUUUGCUUGAGGAAGAUCGAGUUGCAACACAACCCAGGUGGAAUCUAAGAUCUCGACAAACCAGUCUGUCUAUUAGUGAUAGCUGCUUCCAGUUAAAUACUAAUCUACCUUUUCUCCAUGGCCGAAAGGUGUCCUGUUUGCACGUCUCUCAGGUUCAGAGGCAGGCAUUGCUUUCUGUUCAUGGGUUACCUGAAAAGCCAGGUGCUAAUCAAUUGGACAGGAAGUACAUCGUGUGUGUAUGGAAUGUCUGGCAGCCCUCCAGUCCUCAGAAAGUUUUAGUUUGUGAAGCAGAGGUGUCAUGCUGCUGCUUUAGUCCCAAUAAAGCAACUUUAGUAUUUGCUGGAACAAUGGAUGGUUCAUUGGUAGUGUGGGAUCUCCGAGAAGACUCAAGGAUGCAUCACUGUAUGAAGUUAAAUGAAACUGACUGGAUUUUUAGAUCUCCAACAUUUUCUACUGAUGGUGUUCUCUCCUCAUUAAACCACACAUAUCCUGUACUGGCAAUAGAACCUGUCUCUACAUCUGUCUGUAAGGAACAUAAUUAUGGGCUCUCACACCUAUCUUCUCAAGAAGAAAUGUCAGGCCUGUCAUUCCAGAUAGCUUCAAUGGAUGAAAACGGGACUCUCAAUCUGUGGGUAGCAGUCGAAUUACAAAAAGUGGAUUUGGCUGGUUCACAAAGUGAUUUAGGUUUAAUUCCUGGAGGGAAAGUAAAGUUAGUACAUAGCUCUACUGUUCAGUUGAAUAGCAGCCUUUUCCCAAAAGAUAUCCUAUGCCUGAGGAAGCCUCAAACACUGAAUAUUAAGUUUCUGCCUUCUAAUCCUAAUCAUUUCAUUGUUGGAACAGACAUUGGUGUGGUAAGUCAUGGUGCAAGACAUGAUUUAAGAGUACCUCCAAAGCUGUUCAAACCCCAGCAGGGUGGACCAAGAUCAAUAAGAGCUAAUGCAGUUGAUUUCUCCCCUUUUGGAAAGCCAAUAUUUUUGGUUGGCUGUUCAGAUGGAAGUAUUAGAUUGCACCAAAUGACUUCAGAGCAUCCCCUCAUACAGUGGAAUGACAGCACAAAUGGCCAGCCAGUUAUUGCCCUCCAGUGGGCUCUCACAAGACCUGCUGUGUUUUUUGUCCUGGAUGCAUCAUCUACUGUUUACAUUUGGGAUCUACUGGAAAACGACUUGUGUCCUGUAGCCAAACAAAUUAUCCAGUCAGAUAAGGUUAUGACUAUGGUUGUACUGGGUGAACCAGAAAAAACAAAUGGUCUGUUGGGGAUCGCAUUGGCCAAACAAUCUGGAAUAAUAGACAUUCAGUAUGUAAAGAAGAGUAGCUGGAACCCAGAAAGACUGAAGAAAUGCUGGAGUGCCACACUUGUUAGAGAAAUCAUUGACACUGCGGUUUCCUGGUCAGUCAUUUAUUCUCACCUGUCCUCGUAUGUUCUCAUUUCCCACCAUGGGGAAAUUGGAAAGCACAAGGUUUUCUACUGUCCUGACCCAUCCCUGGAUUUCUCUCUACCAUUUGAAAACAAAAUUGCAUUAACUAUGUAAGUGUUUCUGAGAAAAAGGAGGAUAAAAUGAUAUUCCUGAUAACUGUGAGUACAGACAGUGAUGAGGAUCAAGAACUAGUUUCUUUGCACUCUGUUUGGAUAAGGCCUUCUUGUCAACAUAACUGUCAUGGUUGAAGCAUGCAGCCCCACCUGUGGCACUUUGAAAUUUCUGAGAUUUUUUGGAAGCAAUCUUGUGAGUCUGAGAAAUCCUGCAAAAUCCUGAGUUUCGGCCAAAACUCUGAUGUUGGACAGAUAGCUCUGAAAAUCAGUGACUGAAAUCUUUUAACUUUACCUUUCUCUAGUUUCAGGAAUCAGGACAAAGAACAACUGGUAGGUGCUCCUUGUGUUGAGGUAGGAAACCAUGACUGUCGAGUUGCAAGGCAAAAGAAAUCACCUAAGGCCGAAAAUUUCAAAUGUAGGUGCCUAAAUUCAUAUUUAAGCACCUAACUAGAAACACCUUGAAUUUUAAAGGUGUUGAGCACUUUAAUCCCUCAGUAACUUCCCAUUGCAGUCAUACACCUUAGACACCCUCAUACACCUUAGACCCCCCUGGCCACUGCAAAACUACCACAUUUAAUCUUACUUGUGGAAAAAUUGCUGUGGCUCAACAGUAUUGGAUGAUUAUUUUUCCCCAUGUAUGAACAGAAUAAUACAUGUUAGGAAACUGGGUAUUAAGGCUUGUAGAUAACAACACUGCCAACCAUUAUUGUUAACAUCAAGCAAGAACAAAAAUGUUUCACUACCAUAUUUCACAAAUGUCCUUACUCUGUGUUGUUUAGAACCCUAUUCUGGUCAUAUUGUUCCGUAUUUCUAUUGUGGCAGUGCCCAAGCACGACACCAAGGGUCAGGGGCACAAGGUGCGGUACAAACACGUUGCAAAACAUGAUCCCUGCCACAAAGAGUUUACAUUCUAAGGCCAUGAUCCUGCACCAGUGAAAUCACUGGGAGUUCAGCCAUUGGCUUCAGUGGUAGCAGGGGCAGCCCUUAUUGUAAGAUAAAAAGUGAAUGUGGGGGGCUAAGGGUAACAGUGACAAAAUCCUGUCAUGAUGUAUGCCAGCUACGUCACAACUUGAUUAUUCUGAAAAAUAAAACUAUCAGCAAUCUCCACUGGCCCUCUACUUCGUCAUUAUCAGUUGAUGACUCCCAGUAAACAUAACAGUAGAACAAGGUCUUGAGAAGGGAUAUGAACAAGAAGAGCAUGAAGUAGCUUAAUGGUUUAGUUCAGGGCGGGUGUUCCAUGCAUAAGAACCUGCCAUGCUAUAGCAAACCAAAGGUCCAUCUAAUCCACCAUCAUGCUUCCAAUGAUUGUCAAAGGAGUUUGGUCAUUGGCAUCAGUGGAGCCUCACCCAGGAUGUUUUAGAGGAAAGCAACAGUGCACCUGGCCAACUGUGAAUGCUGUAUCUUGAGGGAAAGACUCCUUACCCCUUUCAUUCUUUAAUCAGAUAUUUCAUGUCUCUUCUUAUUUUUACUUGCUCUUUUAACAGAUCUUGUGUACAUAUGUUCUUUACUCAAAAGCUAAAAAUUGCUGUUGUGCAACCUUUAAAACAGCCCAAGAUGUACUUUAUUAUAUGUAUGUUAUUAAUUUUACACUUGGGCAAUUUUGUAUAUUAUUUUAUGUAUGAUUAAUAUCCUCUGUGAUUAAAAUAAAUAAAUUGCUUCAUCUUUACUUAGUAGAAAACUAUCAUUUAAAAAUGGUAUCAAAGUCUGAACGCUAUUUCAUCCAUGUAAAACUUGCAUAAAAUGUUACAUUCUGCUUUCAAACCAGCAACUCCCAGCCAGCAGGGCUUGAAAAUAAAAAUAUGCUAAAUUGCUACUGAUAGAGACAGAAUUUAAAUUUUUGGACAGGGCCUCUGCUUUUAUUUUUCUCUCUGAGAACAUACUUGAAAGGCUUUCUACAUAACAUAAACAUUGAUGAUAUUUCCAUUGUAUUAUCUCAUCCUAGAGAUGGGAAACUGAAAGGGAGUUUUCAGAAGUUGGGCUAAUAAGAUGAUAUGAGGAAGAAUAACUAAAAUCCUUCCAGAUCUGUGGAUGCUUCAUGGCAGGUUUCUGAAAAAUAGUUUGGAAACAAUUUUAUCAAUUUGUCAUACUGUUUUUGGAGAAAGGAUUGGGAGAACAAGAAAAGAAUGGUACUCUCAUUUUUAUGUUGGAAUAGAAUACUGGGAUAAAGGUGACCCUCCUACUCUACUAUAAUCUGGGUUUUAAGUGUAAUUUAUACAUAUUUACUUCCAAUAUGUGUGUUAAAUGGAUUUUAAG